UCUCAUAAAACCUCUAUGAGAAUUUAUGAGAAUAUAUUGGAUUCUAUGAGGUUUUUUAAACAGGGGCUAUUUUGAUCAAGACACAACAUUUAAGUGAAGGCUAUCCACGAAUUUUAUGAAUAAAAGCUAAUAGAUCAUUUCCGGAAACGUAUAAAUUAAUCUGCACAGAAAAAAAAUAGUACCUCUUCCAUACAUAAAUUACAUAAUUGAAAAAAAUAUUGUGACUCAAUGAAUAAAAAGAUAGCAACACAUCAAAUUAUUUACAAAGGAAGAAUAUUCUUCAAAGUAUCACAAAUAUCAUAUGUUCAAAAUGAAUUAAUAAAGUAAAUUAUUUAAACCACUAAAAAUUUAAUUAUAAAAUGAAUUAAAAUUACCGCGUGACAUGCGCGCUCAUAAAAUCAAUGAGCCGGCUUGACUGUAUCAGUACGGUGCUGUCAAGAAAGGACGUGCCCAUCGUCGUGGUUUCUUUUAAAAAAUUUAUCAGUUUUUUGAGUUAAAUUAAUUUGUUUAAAGAUAAUAGUCAUGUAAAUAAAAACAACAUAAUGCCAGCCCAAGAAGAUAUGGAUCUGUGUACAGACAAAGUGCUGUCAAAAGGCAGAAUACUUCAAGAGCUCACGAAAGCUGUUAAACUGGUUUAUGCCCAAAGUUUAUAUGGAACAGUUGUGUUGGAUGGAGAUUCUUGGCUAGUUUACUGGUUAGACCGUGCUCUACGUCACGGUUUACGUGUUGAAAAACAUGGUUAUUGGGGUAUGGUUCGUGAACUUAGUCAUCAUGAUACAAUUGUUGUAAUUCAUGCUUUACAAAGCGUCUUAACAUCUAUUGGCAAAGGUCGUGCUUGGCUUUAUCAUACUUUGAGUGAAAGUAUUUUUGAGAGUUAUUUAGCAUGUUUUCUCCGAGAUAUAAACGUCUUGAAGAAACAGUAUUUUCCUCAUGCUCUUGUUCGCGACGCUGACAAAACUCAUCAGUUAAUCAAUCUUUUAGCUGGUUUAGAAAAUGUAUCAUUUACUCUGCAACUGGAUGUCACAUAUUUAGAUAUAUGCAAUUAUAUGCCGCAGCGGCCUAUGAGUGGUUCACCAUCAGGAACAGCACUAUCAUUACAUUUAAGGUCGUCAAGUAUCACUUCAAGUCUUGCUUCUCCUGGUGACAGUGGUGUUGCUUUAGAUAGUGAUAUAGAUAUGGCUAAUGAAACAGAUGCAAGCAGUUACAAAGAAGAGGAUUCAUCAAUGGACGACGUUCCUAAGUAUAGAAAUAAAUAUAAAUCUAUGAUAAUUGAUUGUGCCCAAGAUAACAAAAAUUUAGAUCGCUCAUUUUCAUCGAGUGAUUCAAGUGAAGAUGGAAAAAUACCGGGCCACUCACCUCCAAUAUAUUCUAAAUAUAAAUAUACGAUUGUGACAAAUAGUGACAUUGCCAAUCAAAAUAUUGUUACUAACAAGAUUGAUGACAAUGAAUUAAAUUGUUCUAGCUUAGAAACUCUUAAAGAUUAUCAUCAUCUACAUGAUAAUAGUUUGAAUACAUUACGAAUGGAUAAAGUAAAUAAUGCUUAUGAUAAUUUAUCAAAAGAUUAUGUUAAACGUAGUAACUACUAUGCAGAUGGUAGUUACAGUUUUAAAAAAAAUAUUGACUCGCGUAAUUCAUAUGUUAUCAACAAUGACACUAAUUUAUUAGAACUCAGUAUGACUAUUUCUGAUUGUGAUUGUUGUCCUGAAACUCCUUACAGUAUUUUAAAUACUGUAAAUAUGACAGAUACAAGUAUUUUAUCAUCUUCUGGAUCAGAAACUGCUGUUCAACGUAGACAGCGUAAAAAGAAACGCGGUGAGACUAAAAAACGUGUAAGUUUUCAUGAAGAUAUUUUUAAAACAAUGAAAUUAGAUGAUGACGAAAAUUACUCAGAUUUUUCAAUGAGUUUUAUACCAGUUAAUUCUGUAGAAAAAAAAGAUACACAGAAAGGAAGAUAUAGCUGGUGUGCUAAUGGAGAUUCACCUUACAUUCAAAAGAGUAUUAAUACUAGAAAUGCAUACUCUGAUUAUUAUUCAUCAUCUGUUGCUACUAAUUUUAAUCGUAAUGAAUGUAAGUCAUGCAAAAAUUAUAGGUGUACUUGUGGCCCAUCAAUAUUAGAACGUGGAGUACCAGAAGGUCAAGAGGAUCCUGCUAAAAAUUUCAAACCAACAACGGAGAUUGAAUUAGCUGAUAAUGAAGCACAAGAAGCUUAUUUUGUUGAAAAAGAAUACGGGUAUAUUGUUGAAGAUCCUGUUGUUAAAUUAGAAAUGCCACAAUCAGCGACCACUAAAAAAUAUUCAAGUUCUAGUGAUUGGUCAGAUGUUGAUAGCAUGACAACUUCUGCUGACCUUGAAGAUAGAAAAAAUUCUCGACAUUUGGCUUCGCCUGUUAAAAAAUCAAACAUUACUUCAAUCUUGCCCAGUGAUAAUGGAAGAUUUAUCAGUUCUUCAACUCUUCGACAAGCUCCUUCAAGUACAUCGUUACUUGGUAGGUUUUUGAAAUCUAUAACUGAACGUAAAUUUCAAGUUAAAAAGAAUCACAAGACUCAAAAAAAUAGUACUUUAUUUAUAAAGGGUAUUAAAGUGGAUUUAAAUUCUUUUAAAGAUUUUAAUGAUAAUUUAGAUAAAGAAGUGCAAGAAAAUAUUGUUGCAGAAAAACAAAACUUUAGUGGUGAAAAAAUAAGUCUAAAACUCAGGGAAAUUUUUAAACGGGAUAUUUACAGAGAUAAAACAGAAGAAUUAUAUAAAGUAUAUAAAGUUCGAAGUUCAUAUAUGACUAACGGUGAUAGUCGACCGAUGCUUACUUUAUUAACAGAUAAAACACUAUACUUAACUGGUUUUAAAUCUGACAAUACUUAUAGUAAUCAAUUUGUAAUACCGUAUAAUGAAUUAGACGUUAUAAUGAUUGGACCAAAUGCACAAACAAUUUUAAUAUCUAACGCGGACUAUGAAAUGCAAUAUUUAUUUUCAACAGGUUGUUCUAAAACAACUUAUGAAAUUAUAACGCACCUUGAAAUAGCUAUGAGGCGAUCACCAUCCAAGCCUAGAUUACCAGCAGUAAAAGAACUUAAUUAUGAAAAUAUGAUAAAUCUUAAACAUUCAAUUAUGUCAGAGACAGCUGUAGACUCAGAUGAAAAAAUAGAACAUUACAGUCUAAUUUAUAUGGAAGAUGAUCAUAUAUCACCCCCUAGUACUCCUUGUGGCCCAACGAAAGAAGGAGAUCUUAUGUUUCGACCACAUUCAUAUCAAUCAUUACAUCCUAAUGCUCCGACACAUCCUUGGGAAGCCGGUUAUUUUGUUCUGAAAGGAGGAGUAGUUUAUGUGUUUACAGACUCAAAUCAACGACUUCCGAAACGUGCUAUUCCGCUGAAGGGAGGUCUUUGUCAAGGUUGUAGACGAAUCCCUAAUUCUCAUCGGCCUCAUACAUUUGAAAUACUUCUAAAACCUAAUAAGUCUUUCCAAUUUGCUGCACCUGAUGAAUAUGUUGCUUCUGAGUGGCUUCAAAGUUUCGUACAAAGUGCUUCUGGAUUGUUUGAUAGUUCAGAAGAGAAGAAUCCUUUACCUUGUAGUUUAGUUGCUACUACAAAACAUUUAGUAACUAUAAAAGAAGUUUUUCCAGGAACUCAAAGAGGACAGACACUUUCUUGUGCAACUGUUGAAGAUUUAACGGCGUUUCGUGUACCUCUAGCUCAACAGUCAUGGUGCAUUUUGGAAUUCGCUUGUCGAGAAGUUCACGAAAGUAGUGGAGACUGGGUUAUUUAUUUUACAAAUUAUGCUGAAUUAUGUGCUUUUCGAGAAGUAUUAGAAACUUUAUGGGCAAAUGCAAAAAUGGGUGAGUUUCCAAUGGUAACUCUUCCACCAGAAAAUAAAUUACAUCGGCGUUGCUCAGACGUUAGUAAAGAUCUUGAAUGUACUUGGCAACAUUUACUACCCGUUUCACCAAAAUAAAAAGUUAAGUUGUAUAAUCAUCACUUACGUAAUUAUAAAUCCAAUAACGCUACAAAAUAAAGUCUUGUAUGUUGUAAUUAGACAAACUCAUAAUAUCUUUAUCCCAUAACUAAAACGUUGUGGGUACAUUUUAUAAAAUAUUUAUUUAAGAAGUGCAUGUUUUGAGUCUUGCUUAUAAACACACAACAAAAUAAACAUUUUUUAAAAUUAGUAUUCCAGUCAGCAAUUAUAAUCAUGUGGUUUACUUGCAAUUUUUAUGAUCAUCCAAACUUAGUAGAAACAACUAAGUUGAUAACUUGUAAGAGUGAUGCCUUAGAUUUGCAAUAAUACAUAAUAUGGCAUAAAAUACUCAUUUAAAAAGGCAUUUCUCAAGUAUUUAAGUUGUUGAUACACAAGAUAUUUUAUAUUGAUUUUACAAAAAUAUCUAAAACAUCAAGUUAUUGAAAUUCAUUGUAAAAAUCUAAUUAAAUUUCGGUUUGGAAUAAAGUUAGAAUGCUUAAACAAAAUGUAUUUCAAAAAACCGUAUAAAGCAUAUAUUACAGUCGACUAUCGUUGCAAGCCUGAUCUAGGAAACGUAAGGGAAGUUUUUCUUGGAAUUUCACACUCCCCACUACCGCAUGUUUAUACUGUAAAAAGCAUUGUUUUAAAAUAACAUAAUCUGAGUUUUAAAAGUGAUCCAUAGAGUGUUUGUGUUAUUUUUUAACACAGACUAUUUGUGUUAAAAUGUAAACUAAAAAUUCGGGUAAUACCACUAAAAGUAAAUUCAACACUUUUUCAAUGUUAGUGACGACAAAAAAAAAUGUUAAUUUUUACAUUUUAUUUUUGUAUCAUGAACAUUCAGUAAAUAUAAUUUAUAUAUUAUUUUUCGGUUUUCAAAAGUGACAACAAUUAUUAUUCAACAUUGAAUUAUUUUUUAACAGUGAACAUUAUUUUUAUUAGAGUCAAAAUUUAAAAAAAAUCACGUAAUAUUUCAUACCAGUUGUAAAAGUAAUAUUUACAUUCGAUGGAAUAAUUCGAAAUUAUAACUAAAUCUUUUUGAUUAGUAUGAUAAACAUUUCAGUUUUUAACAAAUCAUAAAUUUAAUAUAAUCAUAAUGGAAAUUUUUAAGUUUAGUUGACGUUUAUAAAAUGUCGAUUUCACUCUAAUUUUUCCAAAAUAAUUAUUUCUUGACUAUCGAUUGAGUUUUUAACAUAAAUUUACUGUUAAUUUUAAAGUAUCACUUUAUAAAUGAUGAUGAUUUGGACUUUUGUAUCGGGUAACACUUUUAUAGUUUUAAAUAGUAGAUCAAUUUAAAAUUCUCAAGUAACACUGUGAAAUGUGUUGAUUUAACACAAAAAAAAUUUGAUCACGGGCCAUUUUCAACGCAGAUACUCAAUAUUUUUUACUGUGUAGUUUUGAUCUCGACUACCUAUUAUAAGCGUGUUUUAUUUUAUAUGAUUUUAAACGUUAUAUUUACGUUUUAUUAUUUACACCAGUAUCCCGAUUUUUUUUAGUGAUUUUAUUGCUAAAAUAAAUACUUAUUUUUUUACACUAAUAAUAAUUAUAAUGCAAAAAAUUAUAAUAAUUACGGUAUUAAUUCCAGUAAUAAUAAUAUUAUUUCAAUUGAUGAAGUUAAUUCUCAGUCAAACUAUUUAAUUGUAACAGAAACUUCGAAAUUAAUUCAUGAUCACAAUUUUGAAUAAUAGAUUAUAUUUUACUUCAUGUUGAUCCCAUUAUUUUCUGCGAAACAUAGAUAGUAAAUUUUCAUCAUUAAUUUGUCUAUUUUUUUGUAAUGUUAGUUUAUAAUUUUGACAAUUUUAACGGAGGCUCAUAACGGGCUGUCUGGUUCGAAACUCAAAGAAGUGAUUAAGUGAGAGAAGCUGUAGGACUCAUUAACAGCCAAUUGAGGGGAAGAGGCUUAUUACGGCGAGGCUUAUGAUGGCUAGUUGACUGUAUAAUUAUAUUCUUUUAAUGAAUACUCAAACAACUUGAUUCCUUAAAUUUUUUGGAAUUAUAAUAAAUCAUAAAAAUAUAUGAGAAAACUCGUAAUUUAUUAUUAAAAGUGCAGCUACGAUUAUACAUAAUAAGAAAGGAUUUCUUGACGCAAAAGUUUUUAAUUGCCUCUAGAAAUUUUUUUCCAUUAUGAAUUGAUAACAAAAAUUUUCUUGAGGUGAGAAAAAAUUUUUUUGGGGCACAAAAAAAAAAAAUUUAUUGUUCCAAGAAAUUUUCCCUAGUACUAAGAAAGUUUUUGGCUUCAUUUUAUAUUGCAAAAUACUUCCUAGGCCAAGGAAUUCUUUUUUUUCUGUGUACAUUUUAAACAAUAUUCGAAAAAAAUAGUGCAAUAUACAUCCAUAGAUAUAUAAAUAUAUUCCUAAUUAUGUUACCCAUAUAAUAUAUAUUAUGAAUGUACCGUAUACUAAUUUAUAACAGGACUGUUAAAUGAGGGAAAAUUGUGAACAAAUAUGUUAUUGAUCGUAUGGAUGUCUCCUAUUAUAUUUACGUCUAAUGUGAGAACGAUAACAAAUUGAUAUAUCCACUAAGUACGCUACGAGUGUAAUAUUAUAAUAUGUACUAUUAAUUAUAAAUUCAGUUAUUUAGUAUCAAACAAAUAUUUCCUCAUCUUAAAAGUACAUUGUUUUCUUUAUGUCAAAAUUAUUUGAAACGCGAUCAGUCGUUUUUAUUUUUCAUCUUGUAAAAUUUUUUUUAUAUAAAUCUGUAAAUUAAUAAUUACAAUAAUCAUUUAUUCAUAUUUAUAAUAUGAUUUUAUAAAUUAUGGUGCUUUAUUAAAUGUUAAAAUUUUUUAAAUUUAUAAAUUGGAAAAAUUUAUUUUGCGACAAUAGCGUAAAUAAAAAGUAAGUUUGAAUGGAAGUGAGGAAAUUAUUAAGCUCUUUUUUUUAUUAAUUAGUUUUAUAAGAAAAUUUAAGUAUAAAAAUUUUAAGUAAAAAUUUUUAUUUUUUUACAUGACAAAUUAUUUUCAACUUACUAUUUAAUUAAAUAUUUAUUUUAAAUCAUUUGUUAAUACUUCGUUAGUUUUUUUUUAUAAAGUAAAUUGUUCUGACUAUUUUAUUCAAAAAAAAAAAAAUUGUAUUACCAAAAUUGUAAUUAAUUAAUUAAUUAAAAAUAUAGAUUAUACACGUAAAUAAUUGUAUAAUGCAGCUAUUAUGAAAUUGUGAUAGAAGUAGA